AUGGGUGACGCUUUGGAUCAUCUCGCCAACCGCACCAAGCUGGAAUGGCAGUGCAACCUCAACAUCGACUACUUGCCAAAGAAGAACCACCGGCGGACUAGUAUCAUCUGCACCAUUGGUCCCAAGACCAAUUCUGCUGAGAAGAUUACUAUGCUGAGGAAGGCUGGUCUCAAUGUUGUCCGCAUGAACUUUUCUCACGGCUCUUACGAGUACCACCAAUCCGUCAUUGACAACACCAGAAAGUCGGCAAAAGACUAUCCAGGCCGCCCCGUUGCGAUCGCCCUCGACACCAAAGGACCUGAGAUCCGAACAGGAAACACUCCUGGAGACGCAGAUAUUCCCAUCAAGGCUGGCCUUGAACUGAACAUCACCACCGACGACAAAUACCAGACCGCCAGCGACGACAAGAACCUGUAUAUUGACUACAAGAACAUCACCAAAGUGAUCGAUGUUGGCAAGUUGAUCUACGUCGACGACGGCAUUCAAUCGUUCGAAGUCACCAAGGUCAUUGAUGACAAGACCCUUCGUGUGCGAGCUCUCAACGACGGACAGAUCUCCUCCCGAAAGGGGGUAAACCUCCCUGGGACGGACGUCGACCUUCCGCCCUUGUCCAAGAAGGAUAUUGCCGAUUUGGAGUUCGGUGUCAAGAAUGGAGUUGACAUGAUCUUUGCCUCUUUCAUCCGACGAGGAGACGAUAUCAAGCACAUCCGACGGGUUCUGGGUGACAAGGGCAAGGAGAUUCAGAUCAUCGCGAAGAUUGAGAACCAGCAGGGAAUGAACAACUUUGACGAGAUUCUCGCCGAGACCGAUGGUGUCAUGGUUGCACGUGGUGACUUGGGUAUUGAAAUCCCGGCUGCGAAGGUGUUCAUUGCCCAAAAGAUGAUGAUCGCCAAAUGUAACAUGAAGGGCAAACCCGUUAUCUGCGCGACACAGAUGUUGGAGUCCAUGACCAAGAAUCCUCGACCUACCCGGGCCGAAGUUUCGGAUGUGGCCAAUGCUGUUCUCGAUGGCGCCGACUGUGUGAUGCUGUCUGGUGAAACCGCCAAAGGCGAUUAUCCUAAAGAAGCCGUCACCAUGAUGCACGAAACAUGCCUGUUGGCCGAGGUUGCCAUUCCCUACGCCAACUCGUUUGAUGAGUUGAGAACCAGCUGCCCUCGUCCCAUUGAGACGGUGGAAUCCAUUGCGAUUUCUGCUGUGGGUGCAAGCAUGGAACUGAAUGCCGGCGCGAUCCUUGUAUUGACGACCAGUGGUUCUUCUGCGCGACUGCUCUCGAAAUACCGUCCGGUGUGCCCCAUCAUCAUGGUUACGCGCAACGCCAUUGCUUCGCGCUAUGCUCACCUGUACCGUGGAGUGUAUCCUUUCCUAUUCCCUGAACCGAAGCCCGACUUCCGUGGAGUUGAUUGGCAACAGGAUGUGGACAAGCGACUGAAGUGGGGUAUUGCUCAGGCCAUCAAGCUCGGUGUUCUGGGCAAAGGCGACAGCGUGGUUUGCGUUCAGGGCUGGAGAGGUGGCCAAGGUCAUACCAACACCAUCCGUGUCGUGCCUGCAGAGGAAGACCUGGGCCUGAAAGACUGA